CGUUACAAGGAAACAUAAACAAACCAUGAUUGCACCACGACACGUUAUUAACCUAUGUUGAAGCCGGAAUAGGAUGUUAGUAUAUCUGCAAUUGUUGUAUUGGUAAGAUGUGACAACAUGUCGGCAGAAUACGUACCCGGUGUUGAGGCAGGUACGGAAGGAGGUAAGAUCAGCGGCGACACACAACAUAGUCAUGAUAUAGACGUGAAGUACGACGUUGAUCACUCAAAGGAACAGAUAGGGCGGACCGAAAUACUGGACUUCGGGAACGAAGGUUUUCUAUUACACAAACUACUCACAGGGGCGGAAUGUUCAUCCAUCAUUGACGAGGGAGAGAUAAUUGGAUUUGAAGCAAUACGUGGAGCCCGAGAUAACUACAGAAGUGCUCAAAGAAUAAACGUAGAAAGUCAGUCCCUUGCUGACAUACUUUGGACCAGGAUACAGACAUAUCUGGAGGACCUAGACAUCUCCAGUGAUCCACACUCACAACACAUACACGGUAUUCCGUGUGUAGUCGAGGGCAAAUGGGUCCCAACAAGGCUCAACAAGUUGUUCCGUCUCUGUCGGUAUCAUCCCGGCGGCCACUUUGCUCCUCACUUUGACGGGUUCUACGAGGAGGACUCGAAGAACCGAUCCAUGAAGACUUUGAUGGUCUACCUCAAUGGAGAUUUCACGGGAGGUAGCACCAACUUUGUGGACGAUAGUCAAACACUUCACAUGGAUGAAACGGGGAAGUAUUGUGCGGAGGACAAGAACAUCUUAUGUCGGAUACAGCCAGAGGCAGGGAUGGCCAUCAUCUUCAACCAUCAUCGCCUACACGAGGGCCAAACACUCGGGGAUAAUAAGAAAUACAUUUUACGAACUGAUAUAAUGUAUAAGAAAGUUAGCGAGGACAAAAUUGAUGAAAAAGAAGAAAGAGCUCUAGCUCUGAUAAGGGAAGCUGAGGAGCUUGAGGCAAUGGGAGAAUGUGAGAAAGCCGCCAUGUUUUUGAGGAAAGCCUUUAAAUUAUCGCCCACCAUUGAAGAUUCUUACUGGGCAUAAAUGUAAAGUUAAACAGACUGUUUUACUGCAAACUUGUUGUUUUUUUCCGAGAUUCCUACAUGUUUCUUAGCAAUGUUUUAUUUCUCAUUCAUAAGAUGUUGAUGUGAAAAGGUAAAUGAUGUUCUAAAUAUAGAACAUCCGAAGUCCUUGUGAUAGUUAAAUAUCAAAGAGACAUCACAAAGAGUUCUUAGUAAUACACUUACCUGAAGACUAAAUCUCGCUUUCGCCUAUAUUGGGUCCCAAAGAUGGGCGAAAGUGCUAAAUCUCUGAUCGCAUGAAGAGCCACAGGAUGGGCGAAAGUGCUAGCGAGAUUUAGUCUCCGGUGUUUUGUUUUAUUUCUAUUUCUACGAUCACAUGGACGUUUAACAAUUUUCACCACCAUGUGUGUGUGUGAUUAAUGACUUAUAACUCUGUGACGUAUAAAAGUUGUAGGACAGACAGUUGUGUAUUUUCCCCCUGGGUAAUGUAGUGUACAAUAUGUUAUAUACAUAGGUGGAAGAUGUGUCACUAGAUAGAUAAUGUAUGGCUAGAUACAUUUUCUUGUCAUAAGACAUGUAAUGAAGGGCAAGAUAGGUGUUAUUUUCUAAAUGCUGUCUCGUAUAUCAUAUUGCAUACACGAUUCUUUUUAGGUAAGGACUGUCUCCAUCACCUCGUCUCGGGACUGAUCUGUGAUCAUGUGUUUUAUAAUUAUUUUCUUGAAGAAUAUCAAUGCAAUGGUGAUAUGUAACACUGACUUUACAACUGGACUAUAUAUAUUUCUAUCUAUUAUUGUUUUAUAUAUAUACACUUACGUAUGCUUCAUGAGAAACUUUAGCCAUGUAAAUAUCAUAGUUAAUCAAAGAUGGAUUUUUUUUGAUUUUCGACAAUAUUUCGUUUUUUUAAAAGAUGCAAAGUACUUAGUUUGUUUCUCUUAUACCAAAGAAGUCCUUCUGAUCUCCUAGAAUCCUUGGAUAUUGGUUAGUUACUGCCCGUAGUGAUAACAUUAUCAUACUGUAAAUAUGUUGUAUACGUUGCCAAUACAUUUUAAAAAGUAACUGCAUCAAUGGACGAUAUUCAAAAAUACGAAAAGUAAGCGUACGUUUUAACAGCAGUGUUAGUAUGUGAUAAUGGGAAAAGGUUUGACGGUGAUGACGGAACAAUACAAAAGUAUCAAAACUAAAUUU